AUGCAUAGGGAAGAACUCUUCUUAAGAACCCCACAGCAGAAAAGAACUAUGAAUGGCAUCUCCUUCUAAUAAAAAAUCAAUUAAUUGAACAAGAAGAACAGCAUCAAAUUUUCUGAACUCUUAAAAGAGCGUAGAUUUGAUUGCAAAACCACUCAGAAAAUUACAUGCCGAAGACCCAGCUUGCCUCGUAAACCUGUGCAAAGAAUUUAAUAAGCUGUCAGUAUACAGAGACACUUAUCUUAAGAACCCUCGACACAAGGCACAUAUAGUGUUGUAUUUUCCAACUAUGCACAUUAAUUUUUGGAAAAGAGGAAGAUUUAAACCAGCAAUUGCGAUCCAAAUGAGGAUACCAAAAUUAAUUAGUAGAAAAUAUUGAAAGCAUGCUAUAAUCCAUCAGAUACAAACAACACAAGAUCGAUUCUAACCAGUCUAUUAUUAGGUAUGUAACAUAGAAUUUCUGCAGAAAAAAACAUGGGUGUCCUUGGCUUUCAAGUAGUACCAUUCACUAAAUUGAUCGAACAAAAUGCUAUAAUUUCUCAAUAAAGCAUCAGACACAAGGCAUUCUCCCAAGAUAAAGAAAGAGACAAGUCUUAAUCAUUCACCGAAGAGCUAGACAAAAGGGUCAAGUCGAAGAUUGUACAGAAUACCAAAUAAAGAAAAUCUAUUAAUCAAGCAAAUGCUAGUCCAGUCCCUCAGAAAGUGAUUGUUCCUCAAAGCAAUUCAGCUUAAACCAAUAACUUUAAGUUUUCUUUAACUGAGUACUCUUAAUUGUCAAGGGAAUAGUUGUUUUAAACUAAAUUGCAGAAUUACUAGCACUUUUUAUUUUUAGUAUCUUGUCAAAGUGGAUUUUACACCUAGCCUUAAGAUAUCUUGACAGAUUUGAAAUUAAAGAUCGGAGGAGGAAAUAAUUCAUUUCUGAUUAAGGAAAUAUUAAAGUAACGAUGGUGGUGGAGUCAAUAGAAAUUCAAUGAACUAUCAGAUGAAGAUAGUAAUUUCAUAUGGACCCAAAUAAAAGUUUAAGGAUUCAUUAAUUAAUAAUAGCAAUCCAACAAUUGUCUUCAAUAACAAUAGAAAAAGAAAAUAGUGAAUCAAUAAUCAAUUAAUACAAUGAAGAAAAAAUAAGCCAUUGAUCCAUUUCUGAGAUUGAUGAGAGAUGACAGUGAAUAUAAAUAAAUUGAUAGAAAUCCUAAGACCUACAUGAAGAUAGUUAAUAUGAAGAAUCUGAAUGUGCUACAGGUGGAUUCGAAUAUCAAGAUUCAUAAUCACAUUGAUAGAAACUAUCAUUUAGGGAACAAGAAAGCUCUGUAUCAUAAUCUUAAGAAAUAUUUUGAAUUGACCAAAUAAGAUUUGAAUUCCAUCAUUCCAAAAACAUUUCACAUUCAAAAAGGGGCAAGAGAUAAGACUUACUUGUAGUUUCUUGAAUUCUAUAAAAAACAACCAAAAGGCUCUACAUGGAUAGUAAAACCUGGGGAAUUCACAAAUAGGGGCACUGGUAUCACUGUAUGUUAAAGUUUGUCUGAAAUUAAUAAGAUCAUCAGUAAGAAGCAGGUGCAUUCCAAUGGAAAACAAUUUACCUAUUUAAUAUAAAAGUAUAUUGAAAAACCCUUCCUGUAUAACAAAAGGAAAUUUGAUAUUCGUUGUUACUUUCUAAUAACUCAAUUGAAUAAUAUAAUGAGAGCAUAUUGGUAUGAAGAUGGGUACAUCAGAACCUCAUCUGAAGAAUUUGAUCUAGAUGACCCAGCCAAUUUGUAUGUUCAUCUUACCAAUGAUGCUAUUUAGAAAUAUGCUGACACUUAUGGCAAAUAUGAGAAUGGUAAUAAAUUAUCAUUCUCUGAAUUUCAGCGUUAUUUGGAUAAUCAACCCAAAAAAUUUUAUUUUUAUAAAGAUCUCUAUCCUUAACUUAUCGAUAUUGCUACUACAAGCAUUAAAUCUGUAUAUUGCAAAUUGGCUCCAUAUAAAAAGGAAUAUAAUUUUGAAAUAUUUGGCCUGGAUUUCAUGAUAGAUUAAUAAUUUAAACCUUAUCUAAUUGAAAUAAACACAAAUCCUUGUUUGGAGACAAGCAGUCCUGUUUUGUAAAGAAUAAUACCUUAAAUGGUUGAAAAUGCCUUUAGAAUGUCAAUUGAUACAAUAAUUCCACCACCAGAUGCUAGUUUAUGGCCACCCUGCAAAAAACAUCUCCUCUUUUACGAUAAUCUGCUUGAGAAUAAUAAAUUUUAAUUAAUCUUUGAUGAAAGGGAAGAUUCAGAGGAACUAAUUAAAUUAUAUGGAGCAAUUUUGAUGCAUGAUGAAAUAGAUGAGAUGGAUGAAGAGGAAGAAGAAUAUGGGAGUGACAAUGAAAAUAAGAAUUUUGAUAAUUGA